AUGGGUGCCGUAGCAAUCAAUCGCAAACGAAGCCAAGAAUCCUUCAAUCUCAAUCAUCAUCAAUCUCCUUAUAUACAAGCUUCGAAGAAACCCAGAUUCUCCUUAGCUAUGUCUGAAGAUUCCGCUAAGCCCAAUUCGUCUAUAAAUCCCACAAUCUCGAGGAUUUCAAGGUACCCUGAUGCUAAAGCUCCUCUCAAACGACAAGUUCAUGCUCCUACCAGAGGAUUACUUAGAUUCGGAUCAUUGGCUCCAGAACGGAAGACAAAACCUAAUGAAAAGAGCGAUCCUUUCGUUCGGAAUUAUGGGUUUACAUUGGGAACAGCUUUAGAUACUUUGAGAUUUGUUAGAAAGGAGAAAGAUUUUGUUGAUUUGGGAGAUGGGCCUGAAAAAGAAGAAAUUUCUGAUGAUUCAAGUGUUGAAGUUGUUGAAUGUGAUGAGGAGAAAUUGGUGGAGGAGGAGGAGAAGAAGAAUCUUCAGCCUUGUUCUUCUUCUGGUGUUACUGAUGUUAAAAAUGGAAUUGAUGAUACUGGUAUCAUGCUUGAUUCAUUGUCUUUAGAUUUAGAUAGAGAAGAGAAUGAUGCUUGGAGCCUCGACGCUUAUAAAAAGCUUCGGCAAGAUGCGGAUAGGCGGGAUUCUAGACUAGAAGCUUUGGGGUUUGAGAUUGUGUUCAAUGAGAAAAAGAUGUCGCAUAUACGCCAGUCUCGUCCAAAGCCUGUUGAAAAGCCUAAAAAGGUGCCUCAUGAACCUUUUAUACCUCUCACUGAGGAAGAAGAGGCUGAAGUUUACCGUGCCUUUUCUGGGAGAAAUAGAAGAAAGGUCUUGGCUACUCAUGAAAAUUCAAACAUUGAUAUUACCGGAGAAGUUCUACAAUGCCUUACACCAUCUUCAUGGCUAAACGACGAGGUUAUCAAUGUCUAUCUUGAACUACUCAAGGAAAGAGAAACUAGAGAGCCUAAAAAGUAUUUGAAGUGUCAUUUCUUCAAUACCUUUUUCUACAAAAAGCUGGUAAGCGACUCUGGUUAUAAUUACAAAGCUGUCAGGAGAUGGACUACGCAGAGAAAGUUGGGAUAUGCUCUUAUAGACUGUGACAUGAUAUUUGUUCCGAUCCACAGAGGUGUACAUUGGACCUUGGCAGUUAUUAACAACAGGGAUUGCAAGUUCGUGUAUCUAGAUUCACUAAAUGGAGAUGAUCAUAUGAUUUUGAAUGCUUUGGCAAAAUACUUAGGCGAUGAAGUGAAAGAAAAAAGUGGAAAAAACAUUGAUGUUAGUUCGUGGGAGAAGAUAUGUGUUGAAGACCUUCCCCAACAACAGAAUGGGUAUGACUGUGGAAUGUUUAUGCUUAAAUACAUUGACUUUUUCAGUAGAGGCCUGGGGCUAUGUUUCAGCCAGGAUCACAUGCCAUACUUCCGACUAAGAACGGCUAAGGAGAUUCUGAGACUACGAGCUGACUAA